UUCUGGCUCAUCUUUUCAACUUCGAAGCUUCUUCUUCUCUCUCUCUCUCUCUCUCUCUCUCUCUCUCUCUCUUAUCAAAACCAGGGGAAUCAACGCUUCUCCAUUUCUAAAUGUUUUAAGUGUCAGUAUCUUCUUUUAUAUUUAUCUUGUCUCCUCCUCCUUCUCUUUUACUUGCAGACACACAGACAGAGAAAAGAAAUGCCUAUGGUUGGUGGAAGAGAAAGCCCAAAUGAAAGAUCACCAAAUGGCUCUGAAAUAACAAAGAAUUGUCCAUAUUUGGAGUCUGUAAUGUCUUCCUGCUAUCCCAUCACCCUCAAGUUCUUUGACAUCUGUUACCGUGUAAAGCUGGAGAGCAAGAACAGCAGCAGUAGCAGCGUUCGAAGAAUUCUGGGUGGUCCAAACGGAAAAGGCCAGACCACGGGCACUUCCGAGGAACGAACUAUCCUAAAUGGGAUUACAGGGAUGGUUUCUCCAGGAGAGAUCCUAGCCAUCCUUGGCCCCUCCGGAAGUGGAAAAUCGACCCUUCUCAAUGCUCUUGCAGGUAGACUCCAUGGUCCAGGUCUAACCGGAACGGUUCUCGACAACGACCAGAAACUCAACAAAGCAAUUCAGAGACGAACCGGGUACGUCACCCAAGACGACGUCCUCUACCCUCACCUCACCGUCCGUGAAACCCUAGUCUUCUGCUCGUUACUUCGACUACCAGACUCGUUGUCCAAGAAAGAGAAAAUCCGAGUUGCCGAGUCGGUGUUAACAGAACUCGGACUAGGAAAAUGUGAGAACACAAUAAUAGGGAAUAACUUCAUUAGAGGAGUGUCGGGUGGGGAGAGGAAGCGAGUCAGUAUUGGACAUGAGAUGCUGUUAAAUCCGAGUUUGCUAUUACUGGACGAGCCCACCUCGGGGUUAGACUCAACGGGUGCACACCGGUUAGUGUCGGCAUUGGGGUCUUUGGCUCAGAAGGGUAAGACCAUCGUCACGUCCAUGCACCAGCCAUCCAGCCGAGUUUACCAGAUGUUCGACUCGGUACUCGUCUUGUCCGAAGGAAGGAGUAUUUACUACGGCAAGGCAUCCGAUGCCAUGGAUUAUUUCAGGUCAAUCGGGUUCUCGCCGUCGUUCCCUGUCAACCCGGCCGAUUUCCUCGUCGACCUCGCAAAUGGAGUUUUUCAACCCGACGGCAUUAGUGAGACAGAAAAACCCAACUUAAAGCAAACUCUCAUCUCCUCAUACAACAAUUUGAUAGGUCCCAAUGUGAAGGCUGGCUGCCUGGAUACAAGCCCUAUCAUGACUAAUGGAGUGAAAAACAGAGUGGCCUUUGAGAGCCAUGGAUCAAAGUCACCAAACAAAGAAACUCAAAGAAGUAUUCAUAGUGGCAGCAGCAGUAGUUGGUUCAACCAAUUCACUAUCCUAGUCCAGAGAAGCCUAAAGGAGAGGAGGCAUGAAUCAUUCAACUCACUAAAAGUCUUCCAAGUUAUAGUAGCUGCAGUAUUAGCUGGUGGCAUGUGGUGGCACUCUGACAUUCGCGACAUUCAGGACCGUCUUGGCCUCCUCUUUUUCAUUUCCAUCUUCUGGGGUGUAUUCCCUGCAUUCAACUCUGUUUUCACGUUCCCUCAAGAACGUGCCAUCUUCAUGAAGGAGCGGUCCUCUGGCAUGUACACUCUAUCCUCUUACUUCAUGGCUAGAGUUGUGGGAGAUAUACCUAUGGAGCUCAUUUUGCCUACAGUAUUCACCACCAUUGUUUAUUGGAUGACUGGUUUAAAGCCUGAGCUGGGAGCAUUCCUUUCGACAUUGACAGUCUUGCUAGGCUAUGUCCUGGUGGCUCAGGGGCUGGGCCUUGCACUUGGUGCGAUCAUCAUGGAUGCCAAACAGGCGUCAACGGUUGUUACAGUUACAAUGCUGGCAUUUGUGCUCACAGGUGGCUUUUAUGUGCACAAGGUACCUGCUUGCAUGGCCUGGAUCAAGUAUACUUCAAAUACAUUCUACUGCUAUAAGCUCUUCAUCUAUAUUCAAUACGGGGAAGGCCGCUCAAUCUGGUUUCUAUUGGGUUGCUCACAAGGGAGCAAUAGGUACAGCUCAAGUUGCAGGUUUGUGGAGGAAGAUUUGGAACGACAAAUCCAUCCAAUUGUUAGCAUCGGCGCAUUGGUUUUCAUGUUUGUGGGAUAUAGGUUAAUAGCGUACGCUGCUUUAAGGCGUAUCAAAGUCUGAAACAGGUAACCAUGAUGAAGUUAUUGGGAAAAGCUGCUUCCUAAGGCUAUUAUAUUGAGGAAAGCUGGCAAGUUGCUGCUUGGUGAUGCAAUGUAUUGAUCAUAAAGUGGGGUUGCUCUGAAUUUUUGUGAGCUACAGGUUAAUAGCAUUUUCUGAUUUUUUCUUUCAUCUAGUCAUCCACUAUUUCUUGUAAUAGAAGGUAAUUCAGUGGGUGCAGCUUUCUCAGACAUUUUCUUACAAACCAAAUUUGGUUGCAACAAGGAAGUGUCAACUUUUUACUAAUUGCUGUAACAAAAGAGGUACGAAAUGUUGCCCCGAAAGUCUACUAUUUUAAUGUUCUUAUUAGUAGUGAAAAUUGCAAUGGAAAGCAGCAUUUUCUUCA